AGUAUUUAAAUACUUAAUAUCGAUACGUUGCGUUUUUAUGAUGAAAUAUUUUUUGUACCAAUACUGCGAAACUGUCGAUGUUUUUGCUAUCUACUGCUAUCUUGGUCGUGCAAUAUUUUCUCUCACGCGACUUGACGAUCUAGUUAAAAAGAGAUAGAGGACGAAAAUUUUAGUUACAUCUUGGCAGACAUCAAAUAACCAGUGAGAAACUUGCACAAUUGUAAUACAUACGAUUUUAUCAUGACAUCCAGCGAUUAUUGAUUUUUUUUUUUUUCGUUUUAUAUUCCGUUUAAUCCAAAGGAUACUUAAAGCCGUUAAACGUAUACUUAAAGUAUUCUCUAGAUUUUUAUAAAUAUAAUUAUUGCGUGAAAGUACGCGUAUAUUUUUCAACGCUAAGACUCGAAGAUGAGUAUCCUUUUUUCGUUGGAGGAGGGAGUUUGUGCGUCCGCUUUUCGCGUUAUACGAUUCUAAUAUCGCAGAAAAAAAGACGUAGACUGUGGGAAAGGAUAUAUCUGUAUUAACUCUUGGGGUAGUAUAAAUAAAUUUCCACAUAUUUUUGGAGUUAUCUUAUAGUUAUUCAUUAUUUGUACUUGUACUUAUUACUAGUCUAAGCUAUGGUAUAGUUAUCGCGCCCAGAGUGGGAACAAUUCAACAACGCAAGCGUACACUCUGCUCUAAAUUAUUAUGCGUCUUUUUUUCGUACGUAUUCAAACUCGAUUUACGUUACUCAGUUGGCGGACAGACCAACCGGAAAUCCGCAUACUCUGUACCAAUUCUGCGUAUUCGCUAACCGACUUUGUCGAGGCAAUUUUCUGCGUUUUACACCACAUACAAAGCGUCCGUGAUUUGACAUUCUAAACGAAUGAAAAGAGGAUGCAUAUAUUAUUAGCGCGACUGCGAAACUUGCAGAAGAAAAGAAUCUUGCUCGCGCCGCGACUGAAAAUUUUAUCGACACACGGACGUUCGUAAGUGUCCAUUGUUUUGGCGACAGUUUUAUAUAUGCGUGAUAUAUAUAUAUAUAUAUAUAUAUAUAUAUAUAUAUAUAUAUCGUUAGUCACGGAACUGUUACGCGCUCAGAUCUCGGCUGCGCCGUUACUUCCAACAGUUUUAUCCCGAAGAAACUGCAUCAUUUUCAUGGAGAUAACCGUUCAUCACUUGCGCCCUCUUUUUCUUUCUCUCGUUAUCUUGAUGGAUCUCGCGCUCAUACAGCCGAGAUCUGAACGCGCGCGGUAUAUCGACGGCUGGAUUUUCCCGACGAUUAGUGACUAAUCUCGGACGUGCGAUGUAUAUCGUGCAGUAUCUAUAAUUUCGCGCUUAUCGAGUCUCAAGUUCCACCGCACCAAGUCGUCGGAUUCACGCCGCAUUCGAGAGAUCAAAAAGCGAGGUGAUCGGGAUAAUCGGCGAGCCGAUCGCUCAGUGAACGAGAGAUAAAAUACGUGCGCACUGUGUUCAACACUUCGCGGGCGUUAUCGACGAGCGUGUGAACUUUUCACUUCGAUAAUUUCGCGACGAAACAUGAGAGAUGUGUACGUGUGUGUCUGUGUAUGUGCGCAGCAUCAGGUAGGAGAAUUCCUGUGUACGUGGCUCGCCGUUUUUUAGUGGAUUAUAUCAUCGCAUACGUCGUCUAUAUACUUAUACACGCGCAUUCACAACACGUACACACACAACACAUACAUACACACACACACACACACACACACGUGAAUGUACAAUGUACAUCAGCUCACGUAUCGCAUAUACAAAUACGCAAAUCUUUUUCAACGUACGACUGUAAUUUUAUAUGACGAGAAGAAUGCACUGUGUAUGACUGCGCGCGCGUAAGAGAGAGAGAGAGAGAGAGAGGGGAGGGGGAGAGAGUGUGUGUGUGUGUGUAUGUAUGUAUGAAAAGUCAGACGCAGGAGGAGAACAUUUCUUUUUUUUGCAAGACGACAAUGAGAAACAGAAUCGGCGCGUCGAUCUGCGCGAAGCCGCGUUUUUGCGUAUCGGGAAGAAUCAUCGUCGACCCUUGACAAGCCGAUACAGAAUAAACAAAUACUUCGUUUUAGCAAGGGACGUCACGUUUGUACUAAAGCACCAAUGAAUAAACGAUUGUAUCAAUGGGCGAAUCAUCUUCCCUGUGUGAAGUCAAACUCACCGAUGCACUCGACGUUCAAGAUUGACGUUCGCGAGCGGAUAUUUUUGCCGAGCGUCAGCGAACUCUCCGAGUGAACUACGACAUCCGUGCAUAAAGUUUUCGAUUAUGACGCGGGAAUAUCUUGCACGACAACAUUUCGUUCGAAGAGACGCAGUCGUGCGAACGGACGAGCCGUCGAAAUCACGUGGAUCGUACGUAUGACGAGGUCAGGCCAGUUUUAUUUUAAGCAUUCCUCACAGAAAUAUACGUCGGCGCCGCUCGAUCACCAAUGUCUCAUCCUCUAUAAUUUCGCUUUGAAAAGAAAAAGACCGUCGAUGGAGAGGGAGAAGUUCUCGUCGUUACUGCUCGAGCGCGAAUUACAGAGUGCUUCCUAAAUUAUCUCCGCGCUCUCUUCGCGGAAAAUUCAUCAGGUGCCCUUAUUUAGCUAGAAGACGCUAAGUCUUCCACGCUCACUUGGAACGCUGUCAAGAUGUCAUUCGAUCCGUAUCAGGUCCGGCCUGGUAGCAAGCGAGUUUGCGAGCUGCAUUGCGAGUAUCGCAACACGUUGCACAAGAGCUGUUCUCCACGUGUGUCGUAUCACAGUAAGAUAGUAAAAUUCCGAUAGAGAAAGAGAGAGAGAGAGAGAGAGAGAGAGAGAGAUAGAGAGAGAAAGAGAGAGAAAGAGAGGAAAGAGAGAGAAAGCAUGGAGAAGCCAAUAGUUCGGGCCAGGGUGGUGAAGGUCCUCGGCAGGACGGGUUCCCAGGGACAGUGCACGCAGGUCAAAGUGGAGUUCUUAAACGAGCAAAACAGACAGCUUAUCAGGAAUGUCAAAGGUCCCGUGCGCGAAGGCGACAUCCUGACGUUGUUGGAGUCCGAGCGAGAGGCCAGGAGACUCCGUUAGCGCGGGGAGAUGAGGCGGUUUGGACACACAUAAUCGCUAAAAUUCCAUUGGGAGAACCACGUCGAUUUCGAGUCCUCGUGCGCGUUAUAUCCUGGCGACUGGAGUCGCCGAGAAGAAGACGGGAGGAGGAGGAGAGGAAUCGCCGUUGCUCUUCGCGUGUGACAACCGCGUCCUUGUUUUGCACAUUUGCGAUAAUAUAUGAAACACGUGUUACUUGUGUCCUCGCCGCUAACGGUAUCCAUGUGUGUAACCAUUAUUCUGAUUUUACAUCAUAGCGUGUGAAUAAAGAUUUCGCAUUAACUGUAUUUAUUAAACAGAGAUAUUUGCGCGACAUAUAUAUAUAUAUAUAUAUAUACAUAUCUGUGGUGGUGGGUAUGUUCAAUGAAUCGUGCUUCUUAACAAUUCUGUAAAGUAGAAUCGCAAAACAAUUGAGAUUCGUCACGCACCGAGGCAUCGCAUCGGUGACCUCCGAAAUAUUCGCGAUUAAAUUUAGCCAGUCUGAGUACGCUUGUAGAGUGUGCGGAAGAGUCUCCUCUCGCACGAGUUCUGUCGCACAAUACAUCGAUGGAUUCCCACGCGAUCUGUGCUUUUAUACGUGCGACAACAACACAUCGUUAUUCACGCGAACGUUACGAAAGGUCUGCUCGUGAGAUUCUAAAGGUGCAUUUGCACGGUCGGAAUUAUUUCGGAAUAAAUUAUUUGCAGCGGAGAUCGCGUCCAGCCUCCAACAGCUUGUGUCUACAGCUGGUACCCCGCAACGCUCGUCAGUUCUUCACCAGCACUGAUUGAGAUGACAAGAGGCUCCGCCAACUUGAGCUAAACGCUAAUUGAGCUAAUUCGCUAUCCAUCAAUGAUAAUAAUGCAGAAACUGCUGCGAUAAAUCUCAUCGCAAGUACACGAACGAUCGAGUGCGUACUUGUCAUCGGUACGACGGCAGCUGAUAACAUAAUUACCGACUUCGACCUCAGCUGCGCGUUCACACACUUUCCUCCAUCUAUCACCACGUGUGCACACACGUCAUCCUUCGCGAUCCCGUCGCAAUCUCGUGCGGCUGGUCAGCUGAUUCGCGAGCGCUGUCAAGCAGCGAUCAUGCGUAAUACGCGGCGGUGACGCACACGGUCGGCUUGACAGGCGAACGGCAGUGUGCGUGGCGUGUGGAACGAAGAACACGAAGAACGACGACGGCGUUCGCCUUUCGCGACUGGUGGGGCGGCUGGCCGAGAAAGAACGGCGCACACGGGUGUCAAAGUUUGCGAUGCCGAGGUCUUAUCGACGGCCAAUCCGCUGCCCGGGUAUCUCCGGACGGGGAUGCCGGAAUUCAUCGGCGAUCGAAAGGCACGUCGCCACGAAGGAUCGAUCGGCUUGUUUAGUUUAACGUCGUGUCGCGAAACGGCACGCGCGUGACUGCCGGCGCGUCGCAGAUUUCCGUCCUCCGCGACGACACGCUUCCGACAAAAUUCCACGCCGCUAGCCCGUGGACUCGCGCGGACACAGCACCAGUCUCUCACGUCUCACUUGGCUGCGCAUAUUGUCAUAAGUCGACCGUUUGCGGACUGACGUAACCGCAGUCAUGGUGGAAAACGGAAAAAACAGCGUGCAGAAUCGAUUGAUCAGUAAUGGAGUUAACGGCUACACCUCGAAACCAUAAGACGAUAUCAACAUCACCAAGCGAGUUUAAGAUGCGAUUAGAUGCAAAUUAUUCACGAGAUCCACACGUUCUCGCAAUAUGCCAAAUGCAUAUCUGCGUUAAACACAUAUGUUGAAUAAAUCAAAGGAAUUAUGCUGGAUAAGUUUUGAAUAUUAAAUUAAAUGAAAUACGUCAUGGUAGAAUUUGUCUAUUAUGACGUUGUGAGUUUAAAAACUUUGUUAUGUUGUACAUACAGUUGCGAUACAUUAAUUAGUCAAUUCCACCGUGUGUUUUAGUCGCAACAUUUUGUCACGUAUAAAGGUUCCCCUUCCCACUUAUUAAAAAUCUAUUUUUAAUUCGCCUUUGGAUAAUUUGUACAUUUUACAUCUGUGGAGGUGUACUUUCAUGACCCACGUGAGCUAAUAACCUUAAUCAAAAAGCCAUGAUUUCUUCUUCCACGAUAAGAUAGAUAGAUGACCGAUAAUUACUGAUAAAUCAUCCGGCUGCUUAUCGCUACCUACGUAAAAUAAUGUUGUUUUGGAAUUUGUACUUUGCGUACUGUAAUAUUCUUCUCCGCUCGUUACUGAUUAUACGUUCUCGGAAAUUAUGCCGAGAGUACUACACAACAUUGAAUGAUAAUUAGACAAUGAACGAUCAAACUAGCUUUUUUGUCAUCUCAACCAUUUAAUCCAUUAUAUAUAUUUUGUAACAAUCGUUCAACUUUUGUGGCGAGCAAGGCCGUUUCGCAAAACCGACAAACAGUUGUAGAUGUGUGCGUGUAUGAUAUUUCUAUAAAUAUUAUGCCAACUCUGCUGGCGGGG